AUGAUGGAGAAUCUCGGGUCUCCAGCCCGUCAGCCCGGACUCCACCAGUUGGCCUCCAAGCGCACCAAACGGCCGCGUGCAGCUCAAGCUUGCGACAGAUGUCGGCUGAAGAAGUACAAGUGCAACGAACAAUAUCCAUGUUUGCAUUGUAAAAAAAGUAACCUGACCUGUAUAUAUCAGGGCAAUUACCGAGAGCGGGAAAGUAGCCGGUCUGCAGAAUAUGUCACUGAACUCGAGAUGAAAGUGGAAGAGCUGACCUCAAAGUUGCGUGAUGCGGAGGCCAAAACUUCCACUAGGUCUCCCAUCCUACCAACAGCUGAAACCCCAUGUUCUAUGCGGGAUGCCUCCACGCCACGGGAGGGUAUAAGGUUAUCAGAGAUCCCCAAAGAACCUACAGAGAGUGCCGACGACAAGAUCAGCAAAUCCACAUACACCGACGGCAUUGAAUCCCACGGUGGUACGUGCGCGGCUGCAAUAACUGGCCAUCUGAAGAAAGCGCACGAGCCCAAAGGCCAAGAAAAAGCUUGUUCUUGUGCAUCUGACUCCUCAAUCAUCUCAAAGGUCUAUAGGCCAAGCUUCUCCCCUUCGUGCGCUGCUGGAACGGGGCAAACGUUGGCAAUUGAACAGCAAACCUACUAUUUCGACCAGGCUCAUAUCUUUAUGAAUGGAUAUUUUGAGAGUAUCCACUACAUCCACCCGUUUGUUGAUAAGGAGGACUUCCUCGCGCGCGCCAAUGAUCUUUGGUUUAAUCGAUCACGCACGCCUGAGCCGAGUUUUGUCGCACUGUACCUCAGUGUCCUCUCGCUUGGGUCUUUGGUGCGCGUAUGGGAUGAAGAUACCAUAGCCGGCCUGGAUCGGUUUGAAUGGAGCCGAAAGCUGUUUAGGGAAGCGCAGGUAUACCUAGAUCGUUUGCAGUUUUCGAACGAUCUUGAAACUGUCCAGUGUCUUUAUAUGAUGGCCAAAGUUUGUCAAAAUGAACUCGAUCCCAAAUUGGCGUACAUGUAUCUUGGUCUCGCAGUACGGACAUGUCUUUCUGCUGGUUUCAAUCGAGACAUUCCAUGUCUAGGAGACUCCAAGCAGCGUUCUGGUUGGAUUUCAAAGACCUGGUGGGGCCUAUUCUCUUUGGAAAUUGAGAUGAGCUUUUCGGUUGGACGACCGGACACCCUUGGGAUGGAUGAAUACCACACCCGCAGCAUUCCACUCCGCGAUGAUUCUGAAUUUGCCAUAAUCCCAUGGAUGAUUGAUUUUGCGCAGAUCAUCCGACAAGUCUCUGUCCAGAUCUACCAUUCUCGCAUCUCAUUAGAAGACAAGUUACAACUUGCUCUGCAGAUCGAAAUGGAAAUGGAUCGCUGGCUAGCGAGGCUUCCAGAAAUGAUCAAACCCGAUAUUUCCGGACAUGUAAUGUUUCGUAGUGCCCUGCGCGACCCGAAGUGGGCACGGAGACAACGCCUUGUGUUGGGAACUAGGUAUUAUACCGUCAAAAUGCUGCUCUUCCGGCCUUUUUUAAGCCACUUCAAGCGCAAACUUCGAAAUGCUCCAAGCGAAUUGGACCAAACUUUUAACAAGUGUUUGGACUCCGCCAUGAAGGCCCUCCAAUUGGUUCAUGACAUUUACCGAGUUCACACUUUUUUCAGCUGUUGGUGGUAUAACACAACCUACGUGAUGUUUGCUAUAUCGACACUUCUCCUUCCAAUGUCUAGGCUUGGCAUGUGCGCUGAGACCAUGCCCUUCUUGCGAUCCGUGGAAAUGGGCGUAGAGAUCUUAGACGCUAUGGAGGAGUCUGCGAUAGCCCGAAAGUCGGCUCGGAUUAUCAGGCAUUACCUCCGGGACUUUCGAGCACCUAGAGCUUUGCGGCCAACUGGGGAGGAUGGAAUUUUAUUAUCUGAGGCGGCACAAGCAUAUGAAGUACCAAAAUGGGCUUACGGUUUUGGCUUGCCCGGAUACUCUUCCGAGGGGAUCGCUCGUCUAUUUGAUGUCGGAGGGCUUUCGAUGCUGGAUGGAUGA